CUUGGACGCCGCCCUGAAUUACCCAAACGUUACCCAGGUGGGUGACAGUCUCCACCCAGCCGGACUGGUGCACCGCUAGAGAAACUGCUCAAGGCCACUGGGGCUGGUGGCCUUGAGGAUGCAUUUAAGAAACACGUGUUGAGCACCUACUGAGUGCCCGGGAAACACCGGGGAGCAAAGGCGGCACCUUGUGGCGAAGAUGGACACAAGUGACCGGGCAGUGGUGACUUAGUCCGAUUAAGGUGCCAUGAGGGCCCGAGCCAUAAGGGAGCUCAGCCUGGGUGCCUCCGGGAAGGCUUCCUGGAGGAGGCGGUGUUGCAGCAAAGAUCCAGAGAGUGAGUAGGAGCGAGCAGAAAUGAGAUGGGGCGAGUGAGCCGGUUGGGAGUGACAUGGGGCGCAGAAAGGGCGCUGCUGGCGAAGGCACAACGAGGACAAAGGCUAGGAGGAGAGGUGGAGGGUGGUGAGAGAACAGUAGGUGUCUUCCCGCCUGAGCUCGUUGGCCAGCAGGCAGCCCCGCAGCCGGCUUGUCUCCUCCCUCUGUUCACCCCCGGCCCCCUGGGGCGGCUGCCCUCAGAGCCGAUCGGGUGUCAGAGCCGAGCGCUUGGAGCUGCCGGUGUGACUGGUGGCCCGGCUGGGAGCAGGUAACUGGAGCCCGCCGUGGGCACGGAGGCCGAGUGCUGGAGUCACUGGCUUUGCUGGAGGUAAGAGAGGAGGAAGUGAGGGAAGCUUGGGAUGGAGACCCCCCCCCCCUUAGGGCCUCAGCCUCUUGCCUUGGAGCCCUGGUGUGUGGGAGAAAGGAGAGGUGUGUGUGUAUGUCCUAGCUGUGCUGCUGAGCUACCCAGACACACACACACACACACACACACACACACACACACACACACACACACUCUUCCCACUUCCCAGCCUUUGCACUCUCUAGGGCACUUACCUUCUUUUAACGGCUGCCGCCCUGCUCAGCCUCCUGCCUGGCCACUAGGUCCUGCUUUAUAUAUCAUCCCCUCUUCCAGAAAGCCACUCUCGUCCCCCAAGCCCAUGGCUUCCCUCCUGCCCUGGCAACCUGUGGACUCCCCUUGGCUAUCUUAUUACCUCCUGCUCUAGGUUUGAUUGAGACAGAGGCAGAAGAGAAAGGGUGGGGUGGCCUGGGCUGAGGAGAAACGCCAGACGCUGGCCAUGAAGACCCUGCGGGCACGAUUUAAGAAGACAGAGAGCCAGGAGUGGGGCAAAAGUGACGAGCGACUGCUACAGGCGGUGGAGAACGACGACGCUGCACGGGUGGCCGCUCUCAUCACCCGCAAGGGGCUGGUGCCCACGAAGCUGGACCCCGAGGGCAAGUCCGCAUUCCACCUGGCUGCCAUGCGGGGAGCAGCCAGCUGCCUAGAGGUGAUGCUGGCACAGGGCUCCAACGUCAUGAGCACCGAUGGGGCAGGUUACAAUGCCCUCCACCUGGCGGCCAAGUAUGGGCACCCACAGUGCUUGGAGCAGCUGCUACAGGCGUCCUGCGUCGUGGAUAUCGUGGACAGCAGUGGAUGGACAGCCCUGCAUCAUGCAGCGGCUGGCGGUUGCAUUUCCUGCUCAGAAAUCCUUUGCUCUUUCAAGGCACAUCUGAGUCCCCGAGAUCGGUCAGGUACAACGCCCCUUAUCAUAGCCGCUCAGAUGUGUCACACAGAUCUGUGCCGCCUCCUCCUGCAGCAGGGGGCUGCCGCGAAUGACCAGGAUCUGCAGGGCAGGACAGCCCUGAUGCUGGCCUGUGAGGGGGCCAGCCCCGAAACAGUGGAGGUGCUGCUUCAGGGCGGGGCCCAGCCGGGCAUCACCGACGCCCUGGGCCAGGAUGCUGCCCACUACGGCGCCCUGGCGGGAGACAAACUCAUCCUGCACCUCCUGCAGGAGGCAGCUCAGCGCCCCUCACCACCCAGUGAGGAUGACUCAGGCGAGGCAUCAUCUCAGAACUCUGUGUGCAGCCACGAAAAGCGAGGGGCCCCCAAGAAGCGGAAAGCGCCUCAGCCCCCUGCCAGCAUCCCCAUGCCGGAUGAUCGCGAUGCCUACGAGGAGAUCGUGCGGCUGCGCCAGGAGAGGGGCCGCCUGCUGCAGAAGAUCCGGGGCCUGGAACAGCACCAGGAACGGAGGAAACAGGAGCUGCCGGAGACAGAGGCCAGCUCCCUACACAGCCUGGAGAGACAGGUACAAGAGCUGCAGCAGCUGCUGGCGGAGAAGCAGGAAGAGAAGGAGAGCCUGGGACGCGAGGUGGAGAGUUUGCAGAGCAGGCUGUCCCUGCUGGAGAAUGAGCGGGAGAACACGAGCUAUGACGUGGCCACCCUGCAGGAUGAGGAAGGUGAACUGUCUGACUUUCCAGGGGCCGAGGCUCUGCUCUCCAAACGGCUAAGCCCCUCGGCCCAGGAGCUCUUGGCCUCACUGCGGGAGCAAGUGGCUGCACUCACCAGACAAAACCAGGAGCUGAUGGAGAAGGUCCAGAUCCUGGAGAGCUUUGAGAAGGAUGAGAUGGAGAUAAACGGGUCAGCCGAGGUCAUCCCCCUGGCCCUCUAUGACUCUCUCCGGGCUGAGUUUGACCAGCUCCGCAGGCGGCACGCCGACGCCCUGCGGGCACUGGAGCGACAGGAAGCACAGCGCGGCCCUGGAGAAGAGGAGGCGGCCCCUGGGGAGGGCAAGGGCACGGGAGUCAAGACCACCAGGGACGGGCCGAUGGAAAUGGAGCUUAAUGGCACCACGGCUCCGGGAACCAAAGUUGACGGAGCCGAGGCCACAGACGACGGGGCUGCAGGAGAUGAAACCGUGGAAGCGGCAUCCACGGGGGCCGAGGCCACGGAAACAAAACCCACAGGCGCCGAGGCCACGGAAACAAAACCCACAGAUGCCGAGGCCACGGAAACAAGAUCCACGGGGGGCGAGGCUGCAGAAACAGAGGCUCCAGAAGAGGGAGGAAACCCAGAAGCCGAGGCCACAAAGCCAAAAGCCGAGGAAGCAGAGAUGAAGGCCAACGGAGUGGGUGAGGUGGAGGCGGAGCUUCCGGGCACAGAGACCACCCACGUGGAGGCCACAGCCCCGAGGGGCCCCCUGGGCGCCGUCCUGCACCCUGGUGCUGCGGAGGCCUCAGAGCAGCUGCAAGCGGAGCUGGAGACCAGGAUCCGUGGCUUGGAGGAGGCACUGCGGCAACGGGAGAGGGAGGCGGCCGCCGAGCUGGAGGCGGCCCACGGCAAGCGCCAGGCCGCGGAGGCCGAGGCUGGCCGGCUCCGGGAGCAGAUGCGCGAGGCUGAGGGUGGCGGAGCCUCGGGGGGCGGCGGCGGCGGCGGCGGCGGCGGCGGGGACGCGGUGCAGCUGCGAGCCGCCCUGGAGCAGGCCCGCGAGGACCUCCGAGUCCGGGACUCCCGGCUCCGGGAGCUGGAGGCGACCUCGGCCCGGCUGGACGAGGCCCGCGCUGGCCGCCUGCUGGCCGAGGAGGAGGCCCGGGGCCUGCGGGCAGAGGUGGCCCGGCGGGAGGAGGUGCGGCUGGAGCAGAGCCGGGAGCUGCAGGUGCUCCGCGAGCAGCUGGCCACCGCCACGGCCGCCGGGGAACAGCAGCGGGCGGUGGCUGCCGAGCUGGGCCGCGCGCGGGAUGCGGCCGAGGCCCGGGCGGCCGAGCUGGCGGCGGCCUGCGAGGAGGCCCGGCGGGGCCUGGCGGAGCUGCGGGAGGCCUCCGAGGCCCUGCGUCAGUCGGCCGUGCCGGCCUCCGAGCACCACCGGCUGCAGGAGGAGGCCCUGGAGCUGCGGGGCCGGGCGGCCGGCCUGGAGCAGGAGGUGGUGGCCACCGGCAAGGAGGCCGCCCGGCUGCGCGCCGAGCUGGAGCGGGAGCGCGCGGGGAGCGUGGCCCGCCUGGAGCACGAGCGCGUGGUGGCCGCCUUGCAGGCCGACGUGGCCCGGCUGGAGGGGCAGCUGGAGGAGCUGGCACGACGGCACGAGAAAACCAGCGCUGAGGUGUUCCAGGUCCAGAGGGAGGCGUUAUUCAUGAAGAGCGAACGUCACGCGGCCGAGGCCCAGCUGGCCACGGCAGAGCAGCAGCUGAGGGGGCUCCGCACCGAGGCUGAGCGGGCACGCCAGGCCCAGAGCCGUGCCCAGGAGGCCCUGGAUAUGGCCAAGGAAAAGGACAAGAAGAUUACAGAGCUGUCCAAGGAAGUCUUCAGUCUCAAGGAGGCCCUGAAGGACCAGCCGGCCGCCCCAGGCCUCUCGGAGGUGGAGGCCCUCCGUGGCCAGGUUAAGGCUCUACAGGAGCAGCGGGAGCAGGCUGCCAGGGACCACAGCGCAGUGGUGGCCUUGUAUAGGAGCCACCUCCUGUAUGCCAUUCAGGGUCAGAUGGACGAAGAUGUACAGCAGAUUCUGAGCCAGAUCCUACAGAUGCAGAGGCUUCAGGCUCAGGGCCGCUGAGCAUCAGAACACUGGCCUUCCGCCGCCAGGCCCCGCGCAGGGGUGUCCGGGCUCCCACACUGGCCCCCCUAACUCGCAGACCAGCCUGGGCCUUCCCGACCGCCCCUGGCUGUGUCCACUGCCCCACUGGCCCCCCUGCACACACUGGCCAGUGCCAAGGCCAGCCCUGACCGUCCCCCGCCCCCACCGGAGAAUCUGUGGUCCCCUCUCCCGCGUCCUAUCUGUCCUGUCUGUCCCGUAGCCAGGCAGCACCCCGGACCCCAGAAAUAAAAGCUCUUGGAGCCAAGGA